AACAGACUUUGGCUAUGGUUUUAUUCGUAAACAGACAUCGGACAUCGCGGUAGUGAUUUUGUGUAGCGCGCGCGCGUUUUCAGUAACUGCUACUAACAUUCACGCCCGCGUCGUUAUUGUCGUCAUAUUAGUCUUAGUAGUAGCAACCGUCGACAACCCGCCUUUCGGUUGAGCUUGGAAGUGUUCCUUCAAACAUUAGUUAUCCAUAAGGCAAUCCGUCGCGGUGUAUUCAGCAGCUGUGUACACUGCAUUGUAGCAAAACUGUCUGAGCGGUAGUGCAUCAAAGAAAGUCAAACUUUACUGGAGCAGUGUGACAAACAUCCUAAUGAUAGGGAUGAAACAAUUAACUGGAUUAAUCCUGUGCUUGGGAUUCGCUGCACUCUGUAGUGCCGCCAGCGUCCCACAAUGUCCGGAACCAUUCGGUGAACAAGCUUAUCUACAUCCCGACCAUUGUGAUCAAUUUUUCCUAUGCACAAAUGGAACACUAACACUUGAAACGUGUGAAAAUGGUCUGCUGUUUGAUGGCAAAGGUGCAGUCCACAACCAUUGCAACUACAACUGGGCCGUCGACUGUGGCAACCGCAAAUUCGUCACUGACCAAACGCCAAUCUCUACUCCAGGCUGUGAAUACCUGUUCGGAGUCUAUCCUGACAGCAACACAUGCUCGACUACCUAUAGUAAGUGUGCCUUCGGAGAACCACAUCCUGACCAUUGCGAACCAGGACUUGUAUACGAUCACCGAAUCCAUGGAUGCCAGUGGCCAGAUAAGAUGCUCGAAACAUGCAACCCAGAAGCCGUCAUUGGAUUCAAGUGCCCAUCUUCCAUUUCAUCUAACUCCAUCAACCACCGUUUUCUGCCGUAUCCCAGAUUUGCAGUGCCUGGAGAUUGCCACCGUUUGAUCACCUGCGUCGAUGGACACCCACGUUUGAUCACUUGUGGAGAUGGCAAGGUCUUCAACGAAGAAUCCCUAACCUGCGAAGAUCCGGAGGAUGCUCCAUAUGCUUGCCGUCACUAACAUUUUCUUGUGUUACUUCAUUUGCUCCUUCUUUCAAAAGUUCUUGAGAUAUUUAUUAAUGUUGUAAAAAGUAUAGUUGACUCUCUUUCUUUUCAUUUCUGCUAUUCUCUCAUACAAUCCCGUUCAAUUGUUUUCCAAGUCAAGAUAUGUAGACGUGUUACCACAGCGAAAGUUCCAUAGUUAUUCUAAAUGGAUGUAAAAUAUUUACUUGGAUUGAAAAAUAAAAGCAUAAAUUUUAAA